AUGGAUGUGGGGUGUGGGACAUCCACGGACGGGCUGAUGACGGUGCCUGCCAACAGGCUGGACAGCUGGAUCAUGGAGGUCCUGCAGCCCAGCACGGUCUUCUCCAACCAGGUGAAGCAGGCAGUGAAGAAGAUCUGCGACUUCCUGAAGGAGGACUGCUUUGAAAGUGACAUCCGUGUCCUCAAGACUGUAAAGGUGAGUGCUGCNNGCAAAGGCACAGCCCUGAGGAACAACUCUGACGCCGAUGUGGUGCUCUUCCUCAACUGCUUCUCCAGCUACCAGGACCAGAGGCAGGGGAGAAGUAACAUCCUGAAUUUCAUCGAGAAGAGGCUGCAGGGCUGCCGGCAGCGCCUGACAUUCACCGUGAACAUCAGCGAGCCCCGGUACAAAGGUCCUGGUCUUAUACCGCGGUCCCUCAGCCUUACCCUCUGCUCCAAGGAGACCUUGGAGUCCAUUGAGGUGGACAUCCUGCCCGCUUACGAUGCCUUGGGUCAGGUGUGCAAGCCAGCGCAGCCAGAUGUGAAGGUGUAUGUGGAGCUCCUGGAUGCCAGCACUGCCCCCGGGGAGUUCUCUCCCUGCUUUACCGAGCUGCAGAAGAACUUUGUGAAGCGUCACCCAGCCAAGCUGAAGAACCUCCUGCGUCUAGUCAAGCACUGGUACAAAGAGGUGCUGAAGCCACAGUACCCCACUGAGGACCUGCCCCCCAAGUAUGCCCUGGAGCUGCUGACCAUCUACGCCUGGGAGGAGGGCACAGGCUGCUGCACAGUCCCGGGUGAGGACCCUGCCCGCCCUGUCAUCCUGGACCCCGCCGACCCCACGGGGAUCCUGGGCCAAGGCAAGAGGUGGGACCUGGUGGCACAGGAAGCUGCCCGUCACCGUUCCCUGCCCU